UCAUCAUCAUUCUAUCUGUCCCUUCACUUCACUUCACUCGCUCACUCACUCACAGCAAUAUCGCAAUCAUCAUCAUCAUCCCCCCUUUCCCUUUCACCACUUCCUUCCCUUCCCUUUCUGCUCUUCGUGGAGGAAUGUCAAUGCAAAGCUACCUGUCGAAGAAGAAGGAGAAGCAGAAGAAGAAGUGCUUGACCUCAUUUUAAUCCACUCACUCACUCAUGGAAUAACUGUUCCCUUCCUUUGCAUGACAAACAUCACCUUCAUAAUAAAUACCCUAAUUAAUCUAUCACUAGACAGAAAGCCUUCCUCACUUCUACAAUUCCUUCUGCUCUUAAGGAGUUGCCUUGAAAUGAAAUCGACAUUCGUGUGCCGGAGGAGCUUCCCCUUGUGAUUCUGGCUGUACUUCAGAUUCUCCCUCAGCAAUCAUCACUCCUCGAGAGGUGGGGACAGAGGUAUUUCUAUUCGCAAGAAGUUAAAUUAGAGACGGGUUGCCUCGCACUUUUGAGGGAGAGGGAAGAAAGCAGGAAAGGAUGACCCGUCUUCACGCUAUAACGUAUGGGUGCUACAUCACCGCAAUAAUGGUUCAAGGGGUGCUGUCAAUGGGAUUCAUUUUAGAUCCGCUAAGGAUGGUUCAUGAAGUGACAGAUAUUCAUGGACAAUUCUUCAUCCGAGUGACAGGCAUUUGUCUCCUUUUCUUGACACAGUUUUUUUGGGGUUUUCGGCACGUUCCAUUCCAAGCAUCAAAUGGAUUUGAUUCGCAAAUGGCAUCAUACUCGCAUGGCUGCGCGCGGAUGUUUACAAAGUUCCAUUUUUUAAUAUCGCUGCUAUUGUUAUGGUCGAAAUAUUCAUUGGGCUUGAACAUGACCUGUGGCCCGUACCUCUUGAGCAUGCACCUCAUGUGGACCACCAUUAUGACGUACGCGCUAUUGGAGCAUAGACGUAACGUCCGGGGCUUUAUCAUUGACACUUCCUCUGUUCCAGCAGCAGCUAAAAGCCUUGCGGAGAUGAUCAAGGGUAGAGACGAGCCACCGACUAUGUUGGAGUACCUUAGGGGAGACGACUCUAGCUCUACGAGCGUCUUGCAAACGUUGAAAGAGGAAAUCAAGACCGAAUGAGGACGACGGACUUCAUUGGCAGAGGAAUGAAGGUCACUACACCUUCCUUAGUGAUGCUAAUUGCCCUGCGAUGGCUCCAUCCUGUUCUUCCACAUGCCAGAUAACCCUUUGCAUCGAUAUCUAGUCAGAGAGCACCAUUUUCUUUUGUGCAGGCUAUGGUUUCUGUUACUGCUUACCAACUCGACUUCCAUAAUAACCAUGGAAGUGGGAAAAGCCCUUUGAUGUGCGUGUUUUUACAAACAUGUAUAAACAAAAAAACAGAAAAAAAAAAAAAAAAAACAAACAAACAAACACACACACAUAUAUAUAUAUAUAUAUAUAUACACACACACACAUGUUUUGCCCUCAGAAAAACCUACAAUAAACAUACACAAACUUUGGCAUUUGAGAAAGGAAACUCCAGAUUUCAGCACUUCGAAACACCAAUGAUCGCCAACAUAACAACUACAAUGGCAUGGAAGAAUGUCCAAACAAAAUUUAAACUAUUAAGAGGUCAUUUACGUUUUUACUUCAUAAAUUCCAAUAAUUUAUCACAUUCUAACUUAAAAUAUUACUAUUA